AUGGAAUUCGAACAACGCAUUAAGGCGUACCGCUUCGUCGCCUAUUCGGCUGUGGCCUUCUCCGUGGUCGCCGUCCUUUCGGUCUGCAUCACAUUGCCAAUGGUGCACAACUAUGUCCACCAUGUCAAGAGAACCAUGCACCAAGAGGUCCAAUUCUGCAGAGGAUCUGCCAAGGAUAUCUGGUCCGAGGUCAACUCGUUGAAGAACAUUGAUGCUUCCCGCAACAGAACUGCCCGUCAGGCCUAUGACGCCGGAGUUGAGGGAGGAUCCCAAGCCGCUGGAGGUUGCGAGGCGUGCUGCCUUCCAGGAGCCGCCGGACCAGCCGGAACUCCAGGAAAACCAGGUCGUCCAGGAAAGCCAGGAGCUCCAGGACUUCCAGGAAACCCGGGACGCCCACCACAGCAGCCAUGCGAGCCGAUCACCCCACCACCAUGCAAGCCAUGCCCAGCUGGACCACCAGGACCACCAGGACCACCAGGACCAGCCGGAGACGCAGGAGCCAACGGAAACCCAGGAGCCCCAGGACAAGACGGAGCCCCAGGACAGCCAGGAAACAAGGGACCAUCUGGGCAACCAGGAAACCCAGGAGCUCCAGGAGCCCCAGGACAGCCAGGACAAGACGCCCCAUCAGAGCCAAUUGUUCCAGGACCACCGGGACCACAAGGACCACCAGGACCACAGGGACCACCAGGGCAGCCAGGAGCCCCAGGACAAGACGGAGCCCCAGGAGCGCCAGGACCAAAGGGACCAAACGGAAACCCAGGACAGCCAGGAGCCGAUGGAAACCCAGGAGCCCCAGGACAGGCUGGACAGCCAGGAAGCGCUGGAGAAAAGGGAAUCUGCCCGAAAUACUGCGCCAUCGACGGAGGAGUCUUCUUCGAGGAUGGAACUCGCCGUUAA